UUAGAAGUGCGUAUAUGUGGGAGCAAGGUGAGAAAGGAGAUAGCUGAUGGAAAAGAAGGUACAAGUCUUCGUAUGGAAAAACCAUAUAUUUAAUCUGUGUAACCCAUGACAAUCUACUGCAUUUAAAAAAUAAACUAAAUGUGAAAUGCUAUAUGUUUCUAAUCUUGAUUCUUUGUUAACAGAGGGAAGCAUUGAUGUGAACAUAAGUGUUGAACAGCUGAGAGACUCAAGAAAUUUUGAGUUCCACCUUAAAUUGCUGAGACACUAGGCUCCCUCUCACAGUGUACUUUAAUUUGAAGAAUUCUUUGGCAUGAAAAUGAAAAUAAAAACAGUAAUCAGUACAUUCUGUUUCAUUUAGUUCUGUUUGUCUUUCAUAUUAGAGGAAAUUCUUGCCACACCCCAAACCAAAAUUAAGGGGAAAAGAAAGAAGUAAACCACAUAAAGCUGACGAAGAACACAUGCAUCUUAAUUUGAAUCCACAAAGUUUUGUAUAAUGAGAAGAAAUACAUAAUUUUAAUCCAACCCAAGUGUUUUCCAAGCAGAUUGUAUUUGCUUAAAUUGCUACAGUAAUUCAAGGGACAGCUCUGUCUGGACACAGAGGUACUGUGGAUUUUUAAGAGACUCAGUUAAAGAAUUUAGGAAUUUCUGAUUCAUUUAGAAGAUUUGCACAUUCAUCACCCCCUGAAAACUAAAGCAAAUUCAACAGGACAAGACAGAAAAAGAAAAUGGGUUUUUUAAGUCCAAUAUGUAUCAUUUUCUUCUUUUUUGAAGUCAAAGUAUACUGCCAAUAUGAAACUUAUCAAUGGGAUGAAGACUAUGACCAAGACCUGGACAAUGAUUACCAAACAGAAAUCCAGUUUCAUCAAAGUGUAGAAUAUGGAGUUCCUUUUCAUCGGUAUUCUUUAGGCUGUGCCAGUGAAUGCUUCUGUCCAACUAACUUUCCAUCAUCAAUGUACUGUGACAAUCGCAAACUCAAGACUAUCCCAAAUAUUCCAAUGCAUAUUCAGCAACUCUACCUUCAGUUCAAUGAAAUCGAGGCUGUGACCACAAAUUCAUUCAUCAAUGCAACUUAUCUUAAAGAAAUUAACCUCAGCCACAACAAAAUUAAAUCUCAAAAGAUUGAUUAUGGUGUGUUUGCUAAGUUUUCAAAUCUACUACAACUUCAUCUAGAACAUAACAAUUUAGAAGAAUUUCCAUUUCCUCUUCCUAAAUCUCUCGAAAGACUCCUUCUUGGUUACAAUGAAAUCUCUACACUACAGACAAAUGCCAUGGACGAGCUAGUAAACUUGACCAUGCUUGACCUGUGUUAUAAUCAUCUUCAUGAUUCUGUGUUAAAAGACAAAAUCCUUGCCAAAAUGGAAAAAUUAAUGCAGCUGAACCUAUGUAAUAACAGAUUAGAAUCAAUGCCUCCUGGUUUGCCUUCUUCACUUAUGUAUCUAUCUUUAGAAAAUAAUUCAAUUUCUUCUAUACCAGAAAAAUACUUUGACAAACUUCCAAAACUUCAUGCCCUAAGAAUGUCACACAACAAACUGCAAGACAUCCCAUACAAUAUUUUUAAUCUUUCCAACCUUAUAGAGCUCAACGUUGGACACAACAAAUUGAAGCAAGCAUUCUACAUUCCAAGAAAUUUGGAACACCUAUACCUACAAAAUAAUGAAAUAGAAAAGAUCAAUGUUACAACAAUGUGUCCAUCUAUUGAUCUGCUACAUCUCCACCAUUUAACAUAUCUUCGUGUGGACCAAAAUAAGCUACAAGAACCAAUAAGCUCAUACAUUUUCUUUUGCUUCCCUCACUUACAUACUAUUUACUAUGGUGAACAAAGAAGCACUCAUGGUCAAACAAUACAACUGAAAACACAGGUUUUCAGGAGAUUUGAAGAUGAUGAUGAUGAUAGUGAUGAUCACGAUAAUUCUGAUGGAGAUCACGAGGGCCAAGAAGCAGCAGCAGCAGAAGGGCACUUUGACCCUCAUUAUUAUUAAAUUCAAGAAUGGCAAGAAACUAAACAGAAGAUUAUCUCCCUCUCUGGCUGUGAAGAAGCAAGCUGCCAUGUUGUGAGCUGCACUGCAGAGAAAGUCACAUCACAAGGAACUGAGGGAAGUCUUUAGUCAACCACCACCAGGAAACUAGGCCCUUAGUCCUACAUCGUGCAAGGAACCAAAUGCUGCGAACAACCACAUGGAUUUAUAAGUGGAUCCUUCCCUAUUCAACCCCUGAAGUGAGGCUGCAGUCUCAGCUGCACUUUGACAACAGAUCCUAAAGCAGACAAUCAAGAAAAAUCACGCCAAACUCCUGACCCACAGAAAAUGUGAGAUAAUGUUAUUUAAUUAAGUGACCAAUUUGUGGUAAUUUCUUACACAGUAAUAGAUAACCACCACAAUAGGCAAACAGUGGUAAUGUUAAGACAUGUAACAGAAGAGGUAUAUUUCUAAAAUGCAAAUAGGAUCACAUCACUCACUGGCUUAAGAAUUUCUCAGUGAUCUCUCACUAAAGUCCAAACACCUCAGCAGGAUAUAAAAGAUCCUCCUUCACCUAACCUCUAUGCCCCUGUGUAGUCUCAUUUCUUAAUAUGGUCCACCCCCCUCACUUCUUCUCUCUCUCCCUCCAAGCUCCAGUCAUAUGCAAAAAGAUUUCCUAAGUGAUCUAUCCCCAUCCUUCCCUCCCAUAUGAUUCUCCCCUUGCCAAGAACGUCUCACCAUCUGACUCUACCCUCUUCUCCUAUACUCUCUGCAGAAGUCAGCUUGAGUGCAGCCUCCUUGAUGUCAGCCAGUCAAGGUUUGUGGCCUCUCCCAGUUUAUCACAGAACCCUUUGCACAUUUUUGUGUAGCAAGCCCCACUGUGUGUUCUAGUUGCUUGUUUGCUGCCUUUCCUGCUGACUUGGAGACUAUAAAAGUUCCUGGGGGGAAGAAACAAUUUUGCUUACCUGAGUUUACUUGUCUGUAAGUCUAACAUAGUAAUGGUGCUCAAUAUUAAAUGAAUACUAUUAAAUGAAUGAAUGCUAAUAAAAUUGUGUUCAUUGGUCAUAACUUUUCAAGGAAAGAUGUUAUAAUCCACAAAAUAAUUUUCUGUAGUACAAAAUAAAAAACUGUACCAUUAACACAUCGACUGCCAAGUAAGUUGUAUUUAACUCAGGUUAGUUUUCAGCCCAGGGCCUCAUGAAGCAAAACCCUACAGUUGGUUGGUGAAAAUCUUACUUAUGAAUGUUCUUAUUGUUACAAUUAAUAUUGACAAUUUAAUUCUAAAAAUGUGGAUUGUG